AUGUGUAAGACUCCCGUACCGAGUGGAGCUAGAAAUAGUUCUUGUAGAAGUGUAAAUAAGAAUCAGUUUGCAACGUUACUUAUGAAGUUCAGAGCCCAAGAUGCAGUGAAUUUGUUAAGUGAGGCGAUGGAGAGCCGUGUCGGCCUGGACUACAUAGUAGAACAUGCGGAGUACACAGGGAAGCUUGCCGCGGCACUCACAUCCCCUGCCGCCCCCGUUAAGAAACAGGUGUUCGAGCUCCUAUCAGCUCUGUGCGUGUACAAUGCUGACGGCUACGCCAGGGCAGUCGACACCCUAGAGAGAUACAAGUCUCUAAAAGGUGAAAGGUACCGGCUAAGCGUGGUAGUUGAAGAGUUAAAGAAUGCAGCCACAACAGACUACAAGACAGCUCUGCUGGCCUUCAUCAACUGCCUCAUCAUAUCCGCACCACGGCUACCCGAUAGGAUCCGCGUCAGGAACGAGUUCAUUGGACUGGGACUUCUGCCGGCGUUAAAUAAUUUAAGACAUGAGGCAGCCAGUCACCCAGACCUGGGCGUACAGCUGGACGUGUUUGAGGAACAAAGAGAGAGUGAUGAAGCCCAGGGUCCCGGAGGUAUCAACCUCAACUCGCAUCUGGAUGUUUUCUAUGCGAUUCUCAAACAGGUAGCGGAAACUCCACAAGAGAUCCCAUUCCUUAGCAUACUGCAGCAUCUCCUAAGGAUAGAUCCCAAGGAGCCAGUGAGCGACAUCGUUUGGGACACAGCUGAAACGUUGGUCCACCGUGCCACACUCCUGGAGACCAGAGAAGAUGCUGCCAAGCUGCUCAGAGCACCAAGUGUGCAGGCGAAAGUGGGGUGUACCUGCCAACACCGUGAUAUCUCAGGCGGUGGCAGAAAGCAAAGUCUCCAGCGAGCGUUAUCACCACCGCCGCCACCACCACCUCCUGCAAUGGCAGGACCACCGCCUCCUCCAGCUCCGUUACCCCCACCGCCCCCAGGCGGCCCCCCACCCCCACCAGUCCCACCGCCACCCUCAAGCUGUGCACCAGCACCACCAGCACCAGCACUAGAUAUCAAACUGCCGCAGCAGGAAACCCCCAUACCGAAGACUAAGAUGAAAACUAUAAACUGGAAUAAAAUUCCUAAUAACAAAGUCAUUGGUCAAAAUAACAUUUGGUCGCUGGUAGCAUCGAGUCACAAACACUCACCGAAGGCAGACUUGGACUGGACCGAGAUCGAAGGCCUCUUCUGCCAACAGAUACAACCAACAGGAUCAGCCGGCUCCUCACCUAGGCUAGGAAGAAGUCCCAUCUGCGAUAGCUCUGGUGAGAGAAAGCCGAGGAAAGAAUCUUCUGAAAUCACACUUCUAGACGGCAAGCGGAGUCUUAAUGUUAAUAUAUUCUUGAAGCAGUUUAGAAGUUCCAACGAGGACAUAAUUCAAUUAAUACGCGAGGGAGCUCACGACGACAUUGGUACUGAGAAGCUGCGUGGUCUUCUCAAGAUCUUACCUGAGAUAGAUGAGUCUGAGAUGCUUAAGGCUUUCACCGGUGACGUCACAAAGUUGGGAACAGCUGAGAAGUUCUUAUUACAACUUAUACAACUUCCUAACUACAAGCUGCGAAUUGAAUGUAUGCUCCUAAAAGAAGAAUGGGCCUCAACAUCAGGGUACUUGGAGAGUGCAAUCAACGCUAUUCUGGUGGCUGGUGAUGAUCUGAUGUCUUCAAGAGCUUUACAGGAGGUGCUAUACAUAGCGCUAAUCGCUGGUAACUUCCUGAAUGCUGGUGGCUAUGCCGGAGGAGCGGCAGGAGUCAAGCUCUCCUCUCUGCAGAAACUACCAGACAUCAGGGCCAACAAACCUGGCAUGACGCUCAUGCACUAUGUGGCAAUGCAAGCUGAACGCAAAAACAAAGAACUGAUUCACUUUGCGGACGACACGCGCGUACUGGAAGAAGCUGCUAAGGCCACUGUGGAACAGUUGCACAAUGAGAUCAAGACCCUGGCCAACAGGAUACAAGGCUUGAAGAAGGAGAUUCAGAUGCCAAGCACGCAGCAGGAUAUUAAGGAACAGAUGGGAGAUUUCUUGCAGGUGGCUGAACAAGAGGUGUCAGCUCUCGACAAAGAUAUGGAGGAGGUCGAAAGCAUCAGAAAACAACUUGCUGAAUUCUUCUGUGAAGACCCUGUGUCGUUUAAAUUAGAGGAAUGUUUCAAGUUGUUUGUGUGGUUCUGCAGCAAGUUCAGGUCUGCUGUAAGUGAUAAUGAAAGACGGCGAGCUAAUGAAGAACAAGCUGCUGCUAGAAGACGAGCCAGGGACAUGGCUGCCGCUAGAGUAAAGACCGGAACAAGCAGUGUCAGCAGCACACCUGUAUCUGAGUGCGAGUCUCUCAUGGAGUCGCUACUGCUGGACAUCAGGAACGGACUGGGCAGGAGAUCGCUCAGGAAACCACAUGAUCCAUCUCCUUCGCCUGAUGUGACUCCAACCGGUAGCUUACGCCGCAGAAGCAGGGCUAGUCCUGGUGAUGAUGAAGAAGGCUUACUGGAGUUCCUCCGUCAUUCGUCACCAGCUGCUAACGAUCUUCGAGAAAGAAGUGCAUGGGGUAGUCUCGAUCGCUCCUGGUCUCGCCGCGGCGCUGCCCGUGCUCGCCUGGAGAUACCGGAGAGUGCGCGCGAGCGGCCUCCGUCCCCGCGCGCCCCGCACGCCCCCUCCACCCCCACCCCGCCUGCGCCAGCGUCGCCUGCACCUGCAUCACCUGAGACAGCGCCCGCUAAGCCCAAGGAGUGGCGGCAGAAGAUCGAGUCGUGGCUGCGCGCGAGCAGCCAGGAGGACGCGCGCCCGCGCACGCGCACCAUGCGCCUCCACAACGACAAGCGCUCCUUGGAAAACGACUCCGAGAGCGAGCGAAGCGCAACCCUCGAGCCCUUGCCUGAGGGCCGCGCCGACUGGAGGCCUGCCGUACUUCCCGACAGCGACGUUGUCAAGGCACUUGAGACUGUCGAAGAUGUACAACCGCAGAAAAAGGACAACAGAGUGCCUUGGAGGAAAACCGAAGAGAACGAGGAGAUGAGAAGGCUCAGAAGACAAAGGUCGCGACAGCAAAUAGAGUCACCACAACCGUUGAUAUCAAUACUAGAAGAACAAAAGAAACUGCCCGAUAUAAAGGUCACUAGCGACCGAGAAUCUACCACCGUCAGACAAGAAAGGGCCGAGAAAUCGGACAGAGUAGAAAUUGACUCAGAUAACCUCGAAACUCCACCAGCGCAAAGGAAGUUCAAUUCAUCCUUCAAUCCACCUCCAGAACGAGAGCCUUGCAGAAAAUUCCAACCUUCCUUACCCACCCGGUCCAAUCUCAGUGACAAAGCUUCUGCCGAAAUGAAAGACCUUUGUCAAGAAAUUUUGGGUGAUGGUCAGUUUGACAGAUUUUCUGCCGCCAGGAGAACGAGGAGGUAUAAGAGGAAUACAGAUUCUAAUAGUUCACCUGAAGAAGAAAAGAAACCUGAGCCGCCAGCACCAGAACUAAUAGCAGAGACUCAAGUGAUUAGACCUUCAAAAUUAGAAGUCCAAGCUUCAUAUAAAGUUGAGACACCGCAAGAAGUAGCAAAACCAAUUGAAGCUGGUAAAGAUGAGAAAGAAACCAGGUUGAAACGGUGGCAGGAUAGAUUAAAGAGCCAAAGUACAGACAAAUCGACCAAAGAAACAAAACCAUACCUACGGAUGAGGCGGCAGACUUCUAUAAACCAGGAGGACGUGCAGAAAGCGAUCAGAGAACUUAAAUCUCCUGCUGAUAACCCUACUGGAGUUUGGUCGAGAGACGGAUACAGAAAGUCUCUCAAUACCCGAACUGAAAAGGCUCCCGAGAAGGUUCCAGAAAGGACGACCUCCCCAAGAAUGUCAAAAGUCAAGAGUGAACACGAAUUAAAUGAUGAAGGGUUUGAAGAAACUCAGAGUCUGAAUUCAGAGAGUGCGUCCCAGGGUGCUUCGUCGGGCUGCAACGUGGAGUGUGAGUCACCUGUGCCGAAAAUCUCCAAGUCCCCAGUUCCCAAGUUGGGACAACCAAAGAAGAUAGCUACCAAAGAGACGAGGACGCCCCCUCGGACACCUAUAGACCCCAAACGUGUGAUUCCAAAACGGGCUAGUUCUUUAAGAGUGGAAAGGUCUACAUCAAGGGCCUCGCUAAGAAGCUCUAGGAGUUCUCUAAAUAGUUCUACAUCAGUAUCGACUGUAAAGAGAGUUCCACCAGCACCUGUAAAGCCUACACCCAAACCUGUACCGAAGCCCGUAUCAAGGAUGCCAGCUUCCAGGUCUUCUUCCAGUGGUAGCUCGGUAGGUACUGCUAGACCACCGCUGAAGAGUUUGAACAGCAGGCCGACUUCGGGCUUCAUGAGGCCUACACAGGCUUCCAAAGGAAAGGUAGGCGUAACCACACAACAAGUCUUGAGGGCAAGCGUCAAAUAAGUGCUGCUUUUGCAACCUUAGAAGAGCUGUCAGCAUCGUAUGCCUUUGACAGGUCAUCUUUGUGUUCUGGUGCUAAUUCGAAAUAAAGUAAUAAAAGACAAAAAAUCAGGACCAAACUAUUACUGCGAGGUUAACUAGUGAAAAAAGUAAAAAAAAAAUGCUAUUGCAAAUAAUAUGUUUUCUUUAACAUAUGAAAUCUUAGUUUCGUCGCGGUAAAGUACGUGAGGAUCAAGUGCCUUGUUUUCUGACCAGACUUGUUAGUAUUAAUUAAAAUAAAAUACAAAAAAAAAAAUAUUAAUCUUUAAAUAAACAGGUAAUUAUUGGAAACUUCAGAUUGUAUUAGGCGCUAGAAUCUCAACAGUUACAAAAUCUGAAGUUUUCAAUGACUGAUUAUUUUAUUUUAUUAUAAGUUUUAUAAUUAGAUCUGUUUACAAAGAACGUUGUCAUAUACGUAACGAACCCGUACGUAAUUAUUAUUAAAGUAAUAUUAUGUUUUUAUUUAAUUUAAUAAAAAAUAAAAUUCAGUGAAUGUGCCACGAGAUAGUACGGGUAUUUAUUUAAAUUACCAUUUUUAUUAAAUUAAUGUAAGGGCGUCACCGUGAUAUCAAUUUUUGGAAAUUCGCAAUAAUGAACGAAAUUGUAAUUUUCCUAAAACUGCUUAACGUUUCAUCUGAAAAGAUUAAUAAGCGUAUAUUUUAUUUUUUUAUUAAAGUUAUCGCUAUCCUUAGCCAACUUACUCAGUCGCAGUAAGUGAAAAAGAGAUAGCAAGUCCGGCAGCAAGCUUUUAAUCAUAGAAGAGAAAUAUUAAACAGUUUUCGGAAAAAUCAACAUUUAA